CUGUUCUACAUGUUAUGUCAAGCACAAGAAGAAAUUUGGCUACGAUGAUUGGCUCUCGUGGUUGUCGACUCGUGUUCGACCGUCGUUUUUCCCUCUCUCUCUCUCUCUCUCUCUCUAAGGUUACAGUGACGUCGCGUCUCGAGUCGUUCCAAAUCACCCCGAAGGGAAAUAGGUGACACAAUAAGUGUUUUCGUGCGCGUUUCCAGCGAACUUCGCGCGACACGUCCGAGUGAAAAAAAAAAACGGCUCGUGCUUUCGCAGCGAUGCUCCACGCCGUCGCGUUUCCUUCGGUGAAGAAGACGCAAAAUCGGUGAAGCCCGAAUAAUAUCGCGUAUGGGGUUAUAUCGCGAAAGAUGCUAGGAAACCGCGUGUCUCGCAGAAUCGUCGCGGUGUUCGCACUGAUACUCGAAAUCUCGGCGACUAAACACUGGAUCGUCACUGAAAAUGGGAAAAUUCAGCCGCAGCAUGACAGUGUCUUUGAUAUGCGUCGACCCUACGAUCUCCUGGCAUUUUUGGAACAGGAGAAACGCAGGGAAACGGCCAAUGCCAUAUACAAGAGAAUUUCGCGGAAAGAGGUAUCCAUUGACAAUCAAUUCGCAGAUUUAGGCGUGGCUGAUACAGAAAGUGCAAAUUUGGAUUGUUUUUUAUGGGACAAGUCACUAGCCGAUAUCGAUGUACAUGCUAGCAUAAUGAUCGACCUCAAGCACAGAGAUGGAAUAAGCAAAAAGGAUUAUAUGUUGUACAAUAAAGGGGCCAAUGGUAAACAAACCGAGCCAAAUUGUGAGAAGACAUUUCCACUGGAGUUUAGCGUAUUCACAUUUGACCAUCUUAAGGCGAUGCAGAAUCGACAGAAUCUUACUCAGCGCGAAGAGCCCAGCCUGAUGAAGUACCUGCCGCCGAAUACUGAUCUCUACCAAUUUGGCGAUCAGCUUGCUCACAGUCUGUCGCGCAACAGGACGUCCUGGAUCUACUUGAAUCUGGCGUCACUUUAUUGGCGGAUCAAAGGGAACGCUUACAACGCUUUAGAAUGCAGUCGCAGGGCGAUCGAGCGUGCCCCAAAGCAAUACCGUGAUAUCCCACUGCUGACCACCGCCGGCAUUUUUCAUGCCGCGAGGUACUCCGGCGAGGCCGCAAUCGUUUUGCACACGGCGAUCGACUACAAUCCGUUGGAGAGUUACCACCACUUGGCGUUGGGCCACAUUUACACGUCUCUCGGCGACUUCGACCGGUCCGCGGCGUGCUACGACAAUUGCUUGAAACUGGCGCCCGAGACUGCGGAGGCCAGGCAGAUGAAGUACGCCAUACUGUGCCAUCGUUUGCUGGAGACGACGCUGCUUGUUUAUCGUCACAGGCGUCUGCGAGAUGUGCUGUCGGAGAUACACUCGUAUCACGACUGGAAGGAGGAGUGGCUGAAGCUGUACGAGCACAUGCUCUGGGAACAGAACGUCAAGUCCACCACGAGAGAGAUCAAGCUCGCCUUCGCGCGCGAGCAGAAUCUGGACCUCCUCGCUGUUAAUCCGAUCGAGAAGUCCAUUAACCACCAUCUCGGCGACAACGUCAUUCUGUCUUACAUGGAUCUGGGAGACAGGAAGAAGGUGGCCGAGAAUAUGCUGCAGCAUGUGCAUCUAAGUCUCCAUAUACUGAAGAAUCUGCAGCAACCGGUGAAAGAACGCAAUCAUAUCGCACAAGACAUGUUGAUGGAGCUGAAUGUGGAACAUACACAUGCGUUCGCGGCACCGACCAAGAGCCCCAAGUACCACAAUGUGGAAAUUAAGAAAGGAAACGAGGAUUUCGAGGCCGAUCAUUGGCCGAGGAUAUCCGAUUGCGACGGCUCUAUGCUAAUGUUCGGGGAUGGAAAGCAAUAUUUGCCCGUAUAUCUGUCUCCCGAGAACAAAGGCUAUGCAAUACAUUUGUUCGUAAACGAAUUGAUCGAUAUAGAACCGGGGAAGAAGCACCCGCUGCCGUGGCAUCCGCCGUUGUGCCAGGCGCCCGGGUCGUUCGACGAGAGAUACAUGACGCGCGCGUUGCUGGACGCGACGGCGCGGCAGCACACGCCGGACGCGUCUCUCAAUCCGUUCCUACACAGUCUGGUACAAAGUGCGGAUUCCGCGGAGAUCGGCCAGAGGAUCUUGACGGCGAUCGAGGCGAAAAUAGCCCCCUGGGUGUUGUCUGUGCUCGCGUCUUUGCAUUGGCGGACUGUGGGGAAGCCUCGUUUCGCCUUGGAUUGCCUCCAAUUGGCGUUGGACGGAGUCCCCGAGGAAUUCAGGGACGUGCCUCUAGUCAGCAUCGCCUCGAUACACCACAAAGUGGGCUCGAUCGAUGACGCUUUGCGGAUCACGAGGGAAGCCUUGCGCGUCAAUGUCGCGGAGCCAAUGACUAAUCUUUUGUUUGGUAUAUUAUUGAAUGUAAAAGGAAAUCACACGGGCGCAAUGCAUUACUUAAAGCAAGCGUUGAGAGUGGAUUUGCACCUGUACGACGGUAAAGCGCUAAUGAUGUUGAAAACGUUAGCCUGCCGUGAGAAAUUUGAUGUUAUCACCGGCGAUCACGCAGGCUGUGAGAAACGAGGGAUUAAUUUACGCAAACGUUCUGUGAGCCUACCUACCGUAUUACUUACUAAGUACAAUUUGCAAGCGAGCGACGCGCCUUCGACGCGCCAACGACAAGUCAAGAACUGUAAACGCCCUCACUGCCGGAAACCGGAGGUAACAGGGACGAAUUGUUGGAGCGAGCGCAGGCUCGAGUUGGCGGACAACCUGCCGCGAUACAAGAGGGAAAACACCCGCCAGGGUCUGAUACAAUCGUUGUUGCUCCCCAACAGCGCUACCGAACUCCACGAACCGCGCGUUGACGCCGGCAAGGUUCCGAACAGCGUCUUUCGUAUGAAUUUACUGACCAAUCAAUACGAAGUGGCUCGCGCAAACAACUUCUACACAUUCUUACCGAAGGACACGCCGCACAGCUAUGCCGACUGGCCGUUCGGCAAAAUGUCCGAUAAUCAGAAAGAAUCGUAUUACCCGAGCAAGGACGAGUGCGACGAGCUUAAACACGAGGACUGGGCCGCCUCGUUAUUCGUAUUCCACAAGUUUAUACGGCGAAACGUGACCAUCGAGGACGAGCUGGAGUCGUUGGGCGACGACGUGCCGGCUUUACAGCCGACCUGCGACAAAGGUAGUUCCGAGAUGAGUCGGAUCACCGAGGUGGUGCAAUUCUCGCAAUCGCUCCGGCGCAAAGCCGAGCUCGACGUGGCCGAGUGGCUGAUGAUGAUCACCGGAACGCAAACCGAUACGCUGCAAGGGCUCGGGACUAAAAUCGCGUUCGCGUUGCGGAAGCAUUACGCCUCUUGGACCUUGGCGAUAGCCGCGUCGUUUUAUUGGCGCGUGGCGGGCGACAGCCGCAAGGCGCUGGACUGCGUUUGGCAAGGCCUGGAGAACACCCCGAAGGACACGCAGGACAUACUCCUCCUGAGCCUGGCGUCUCUGCUCAGCUCGCAGAAUUAUUUCCACGAGGCCCUCGAGGUCGCCCAGAUCGCCCUCUCCAUCGGUCCGGACUUCAUAGUGAAUCACUACGUCCUCGCUAAUCUUCACGCCGCCCUGGGUGACUUCGAGACCGCUGCGAGUUUUUACAGAUCCUCGCUCGAACUCGACCCGAACUUCGAGCCGGCCAUCACGAGGCUGCAGGUGAUACUGUGCUUUUUGCUGUUCGACGACAAGAGAUCGGCCAUGAGCGAGAUACUGAGGAAUAUCUUGUGAUGCUACGCGCCCAUCGUGGACGAUCAGUUCGCGGGAAUCGGACGGGGGUUGUUAAAAGUGCCUUCUUACUAUUCGUACAUGUAUGAAUUUUACGAGAUACACGUUACGUCGAGAAGACGAGAAAAAUAUGGCCGUGACACUUGUGUAUGUUUUUUUUGUUUUUCUUUUCUGUAAUUCGGGGAACAUUUGUCUUUUUUCUCAUCUCAAAACUCAAAGUUUAUCCUACGUCUGGAAUAGAUGAGAUUAGAAUCAUGCAAACUUUCGAAUUCACACGAACUGUUUAUUUAUUUAUUCGUAGAUAUCGCGCGUUUCUUUCAUGAAUGUGAUCAUUUCUCCUUCUUCGUCUACUGAUUAUAAGUCGAUAUGUUGUUAGGAUAUGUGGUAAAUUGAAUAAAAAGAAAUUUUACAGCA